CAACAAAUGAAUGGCCGUCGAUCGCGUCUUGUGCAUUUCCAUUAAAAGUGACAGAGCCUGUGCCCCACGUAUCACGCAAUAAUCAAGCCGGGGGGUUCGAGCUGGCCACGGCUUCCAUCGUCCUUCAGCAGACUGCAGCUUUUAGCAGAGGCCCCUUUUCAAGAUUUUCCAUUUUUACUCCCUGGCCCCUCCUCUCCAACAUUCCAGACAGCUCGCGUGGUGGCCCCAUCUCCGAAGCUUGGUGGCACGCGCGCAGGCCGCAAACCAGCCCUCCCAGCCGCCUUCCACAACCUCUCAGCUCAGCCCCAAGCGGAAAGAUGCCUCCCAAAACCAAAGCCCUAGAGGAGGCUCUCAUCGCCGCCGCGCGAGACAUUUUCAACAGCUCUUUACGUGGCGAGCUGUCCGUCAAUGGCGUGCGCGCACGUGUGGAGCAGGAGGAAGAGCUCGAAUCCGGCUUUUUCACAUCGGCCAAUUGGAAGGGGCGAUCCAAGGAUAUUAUAAAGGACGCCGUUGAUGAUUUGUUCGCAAACGAGUCCGAGCCGGCUGCCGAGUCGUCCUCCUCGCGACCCAAGUCCGAACCUGAAGACUCGAAGAACGGUCUCAAACGCGAGUCUAGCGAAGAGCCUUUACCCGCCAAGAAACGGCAGAAGCGAGAGCCCUCAAGCUCGGUAUCGAACAAAAAGAAGGUUGCUGUCAAGAAGUCAGAGUCAUCAUCAGAGCUCUCAGAUCUGAGCGACGAGGAUGUCAAGCCCAUCAAAAAGCGGCAGAAGAGAGAGUCCUCAAGCCCCAUCCCGGCCAAGAAGAAGGCUGCUGUCAAAAAGGCCGACUCGUCCUCAGAGCUCUCGGACCUGAGUGAAGUUGAGGACGUGAAGCCAGUCAAAAAGAGGAAGGCAGUCAAGCGCGCCACGGCCGCGAAAAAGAAGCGCAAGACUGCCCCUGAUUCGGAAGAUGAGUCAGACGUGGCCAAAGAUGAAGACAAGUCCGAAAACGAAAUGAGCAUCAAGGAGGACUCGGAAAGCGAGGUCGACACCAAACCAGCAAAGAAGAAAAAAGCCCCGGUGAGGAAGAAGGCUCCCCCAAAACGCGCUGCGCCCAAGCGAAAAAUCGAGAAUCCUACCGACUCCGAUGACGACGACGAUGAGGAGAAGCCUGUCGCAAAAGAUGAGAGGCCUGUCGCCAAGGAUGAGAAGCCCUCUGAAGAUGAGAUAGCCGUCAAGGUUGAUGGAGACAGUGAGACCAAGUCGGAACCCAAGAAGGAACCCAAUACCGAACUAGCGGACGACGUGAUAUCGGUGAAGCAGGCCGUGGAAAAGCAGGAAGAUGACGAAGACUCACCCCUUAGCGAUGUCAAGGAGGGCUUUUCCGACGACGACGAAAAGAAAGCUGUAGGGAAGAACAAGCCGGCAACUGUCGACUACAACUCCGACAGCAGCAUGUCGAUAGUAUACGACGAGCCGCCCACAAAGGCCAAGCGAGGCAGGAAAGCCAAGGGCAAGGACGCGUCCGAGCCCAAGGCCGCCAAGGGCACGGCGAAGAAGCCGGCCGGCGGGGGCAGGAAAUCGACGGUGGCGGCGGACGCGGCGGCGUCGCCGGACGAGGCCGAGAUCAAGAAGCUCCAGGGCUACCUCGUCAAGUGCGGCGUGCGCAAGAUCUGGGCGUUUGAGCUCAAGCAGCACGGCGACAACGCCAAGGCCAAGAUCAGGCACCUCAGGGAGAUGCUGCGCGAGAUCGGCAUGGAUGGGCGCUUCUCCGAGGCCAAGGCGCGCGAGAUCAAGGAGAUGAGGGAGCUCGCGGCCGACCUCGAGGCGGUCCAGGAGAUGAACAAGUCCUGGGGAGUCGGCGGCCGGGCAUCGAGGAGCCGCGCCGCCGCCGCGGGGAGUAGCAGCAAGAAGUCGAUUGCGGAGAGUAGCGGCGACGAGGACGGCGGUGAUGACGACGACAACAACGAUGACGAGAAGCCGAAAAAGGAAAGGAACGGGUCCGAUGACGAGAGCGGGUCGGACGUCAAGACCUUUGCCAAGAGCCGCCGGGACAAGCGACAUGCGGACCUGGCCUUCCUUGGUGAUGAGAGCGAGUCGGACUGAGGGCGCAGCGGGUAAUUGUAAUUAUAAGAGGUGGCGGCGGGUGAUGCUGCGGCACAGUUCGUGUCAUGGAGUUUCGCUGGGAGGACCUCCCGUGAUAUCGGGCGCAUCUGUAAUGUUCUAUUCUCAUGACAGAAGUCUGUAUGUGCAUGUUUGUAUUUGUAGAUGCUAGCGGUUUUUCGGCCACAUGAGAGACGUUCCUGCUACCUCGUCGCGUUCAUCCUCUGUGCGAUCAGGCUGAACACGGCAACCGAGCCCAUGAACAGGACGGCAUUGUAGAACUGGGUGUGGUGGCGACUGGGUCAGCGCCGGCAUCACUCAUCACUGAGGGGAGUACAAAAACAUGAUGAGUAUUCAUACCGCUCUCCUCGAG